GGAUAACCCUUACUUUAGUUGCCGAUGGAUGGGAGGAUGAUACCAACUCACAAAAUAGAAAAAACAUCUUUCGUCUAAUCGUCUUUGUAUAAUUCUUUCCUAGGCCGUAAAACACGUAGGACUCCAGCUCUUAGACCAGUGCGUAGACGCUCACAGCUUUGCUUUAUUCAAGUCCCAGCCUAAAGGUUUCAACCAUCACAUCGUAUAGAAGAAAACCUUGAAUUCUUGUUCUAGGCGAAAACCCUAGUUUUGUGUUUGCUUCUAGAAUCCUAGAAAACCUAGCUUAGUUCCUCAGACAUGGCGACGAAUGUGCCGAACUUAGACUGCCGGAUGUACGAAGCAAAGUACCCAGAAGUUGACAUGGCGGUAAUGAUUCAAGUGAAGAACAUUGCCGAUAUGGGAGCUUAUGUUUCUCUUCUUGAGUACAAUAACAUAGAGGGUAUGAUUUUGUUCUCGGAACUCUCUCGUCGUCGGAUUCGCAGUGUGAGCAGUUUGAUAAAGGUAGGACGACAAGAGCCGGCUAUGGUUCUUAGGGUUGAUAAGGAGAAAGGUUAUAUUGAUCUCAGCAAGAGAAGGGUGUCGGAGGAAGAUAUUCAGGCAUGCGAGGAGAGGUAUAACAAGAGUAAACUUGUUCAUUCCAUCAUGCGCCAUGUUGCAGAGACGAUGCAAUUUGAUUUAGAGGUACAUGGAUCCAUGCUCUUUUGCCCUUAUAUCUGCGAUAUUUGUGUUAGGAUAAGGUUUCAAAUCCUGAAGUUCCGGCCUGUCGAUGGCUAUGCUUCUUUCAGAUUUGAAAGCUAGUUCAAGUUUUAGAAG